AUGCCCUUACGAGAAGCUGCUGCGCCUGUAUGGUGGAUACCACCAGCCGCCAGGGUCUUUGUUCUCCACGACCCGGAACUCAAGAUAUAUAGCGGGGAGAAGGAUGAGGGCAUUUUGUAUUCUGGCUUCGUCUCAGCGGAGACCAUCAAAUCUGGUCCCGCCACCAAGUCGCAAGACAACAGCACACCGCCACCCAUCGACCUAAUGGCUCCCAAAGGCGUUGUUUACACGGGGAUCUCCGGCGACUCCGAUCACGAGCCUGUGGCAACAGGAAUUCCAGGCUGGGCCAUCGGUGUCAUUGCCGUGCUCGGAUUCCUGCUCAUCGUAUAUGACCUCAUGGUCUGGUACUUUUGGAUAGUAGGCGAGUCAUCCCCUUUUGCCAACCCGCACUGCCCUCUCUGCUCCUGGCCUGACGAGCACAUCGCAUCAGAUUUCGAUAAGCCGUUCCGCUACGGCCGAGUCUUUGGCCAGGCAUUCCUGUUCGUCAUUCUCGUCACACCUGUCAAGAUGCUCCUCAACAGAAUGGGGGCCCGCAAGGAUUGCUGUGGCGGUCUCUGCACGGCGCGCUGCCUACGACAGAAGCUGUUGGUGGAGGACAUGGAGGCGUCGACAGCCCGUGCUAAUGCACAGGAAAAAUCGACAAAGGGAAGCGGACGAUCGGUGUAA